AUGGGCGGCCGGCACAGCGCCGCAAAGGAUGAGGUGGUCGAAUUUUCGGAUGGUUCGCCUAAGGCGAAAGGCAUGGUUGCACCAGGCGCAGAAGUGCUCCUGCAUGACUACUCAUCUACCGUUCUUCUCAGCUUGCGAUGCGAGGGCCUUCGGAAGGGACGAAACACGGUUGCCGUAGUGUAUUCCAAGUUGGGCACGGACGAUCUUUGGACCGAGUACGGCUCGACUGAGAUCUGCGGGCAGGAAACUUGCUGGCCAGUGUGGGAGAAAAUGUUCGAGCUGCAGUUUCGAAUAGAGCAUGUUCGAUGGAUCAGGGUGGAAAUUUACAUAAUCCGCAACCAGAACAUGCAAGAAGACCUAAUGGAGCAAAAGUUCGUUGGCUCCGCCGAGUUUAACCUGGCAGAGGCCGUGUAUGCACGAUCAAACCCAAAGAAUCAUGGGUGGCUCAAGAAGAAGCUGGAGAACGUGCGCAGGAAACCACGAGAUCCUCCCCUUGGCAAGCUCCUCAUCUAUGCAGAGGAAUCUAUAAAUGCAAAGGUCGAACUUUCCUUCCAAUUGUCCGCGCACGACCUGAAGUCUACAGACUUCUGGAAGAGGAAAUGCGAUCCGUAUUUUGUGUUGAACCGCAUCGAGGGUGUGUACGAUACCGGUGAGCUCUUCUUGGCGCCGGUUUACCGAAGCGAAGUUGCUCGAAAGACGAGCGAGGCAUCCUACGAGGAAAGCAGCUACACAGUGGCUCAGACGAGCUCUUGCGACAUCUACCAGGAUGUGAUCAUCACGGUGCAUGACUGGUUCCGAUUGGGUCAGGAUCGUUACAUCGGUGAGUGCAUCACCACUUUCGAGGAGCUGCAGAAAAUCGUGGGCAGAGGAAAUCCCCACACCUUCCCGCUCUACAAACGGGAGGGUCCCAGGAUUUCGGGCAUGACGCGUGUGAAGACCACGGCGGCCAUGUUACGAUCUGCUACGAAGAGCAGCAGAAGCGGAUCGGGUUCAAGGUCUGGCUCCAACUCGCGUGCGCAAUCCACACUUUCCGUGGAGCGGACAGAUAGCAAGAGGAAGAGUACCAAUGCCUCGGGCGAGAAGCGAACGACGUCUCGACUAACAGCCAGGACAGCAUCGCAGAUAUCUGGUGGCAAUAGCGGCGGUGGUCACAGGACCUCUUCGCAAAUCUCAGGGCACUCGAGGAUGAGCCACUCAUCUGGUGGUAGCAAGACCUUGUCCAUGACAUCCUCAGAAGUUCGAAACCAAGGUGGCAAAGGCAACUUUGGGCCGCUUGUGGGCUCCGUAACAUUAGAUGGACACCGAUUCAAGCGGCACUAUACCUUUUUAGACUACUUGCGCGGCGGCUUGGAGCUUCAGCUCAUGGUGGCGGUAGACUUCACGCGGUCCAACCUUGGUCAGACAAAUCCGAAGUCGAUGCAUAGUGUGGUGAACAUGGACGAGGAGACGGCCUAUGCGACAGCUAUCAGGGCCCUUGGGGAGGUAAUGUCUGUGUACGACAACGACAAAUGCUAUCCCAUUUAUGGUUUCGGGGCCAAAAUACCACCGUCACAUUCAGUCGUCUCCAAUUGCUUUGCUCUUACUGGUGACUUUUUUCAACCUGAAGUCGAAGGCGUGGAGGGCAUGCUGAAGGCAUACCAUCGCGCCCUUCGAGUUUGCCACUUUCAUGGACCCUCGUAUUUGUCUGAAGUCAUUAAGCUGGCCGCCAACAUGGCAAGGCCUUACGUUCAGCCGAAGUUCCUCAAGAUCACAGAGGCACCGCCCGACAUGAGGUACUUCGUGCUGUUGGUGCUGACAGACGGUGACAUCGAGGAUCAGGAAGAAGUUGUGCGGCAGAUCAGGGAAUGCAUUGGCAUACCACUGUCCGUUAUCUUCGUGGGCAUUGGGGUCUCCCAGGAUUUCAAGUUCCUCAGAGAGCUCGCGAAAGACAUCGGGCAGAUCUUGAAGCUGGAUGGCGAUGAAGGGGAAGCUCAGCGCGAGCUUGUCCUCAGACAGCUUGUGCACUUCAUAGCCUUCAAAGAUCAUGCAGAUGAUCCCUCGAAUUUGUCCGCAGCGACACUGGCGCACCUUCCUCGUGAUGUUGUCCGGUACUACAUGGCCAAUGGCGUCAAGCCGCGGGGCCUGCAGCGCUUCGAGGACAAAGACGGCAACCCUCUGCCAAAGUACAUCCCCAAGGAGCCUGUCAACUCGCAAGCAGUUCCGGUGAAAGCGAUGCGAAUUCCGACUGGUUCGGCCAGUGGCUCACGCGACACUUCGAAAGUGGGGUCAUCACGUACCGGGACGAACCUGCCUUCAGGCUCCAAGACGCCGGAGUCGCUUCUUGGCAGAUCACCGGCUGACUCCAGGGUCAACAGCAAGUCUGCAUCUCUUCGGCUCGAGAAUGCGGACGAGGAGGAAGAGCCAUGGCCUGAGGAGGAGGUGGACUCGGACGAGGACAAGACCAAGAAUGAUAAGGAUGCCGAGCACAAGCUCCCUAUCUACCUCGAGGAAGAGCGACUGCGCUUGAUCAACAACGGUGUUGGAUUGGGAUACGAGAAGUUUCGCAUCGUCCGCGCGAUGCGGGACGGGCUGCCAUCUUCAGACUUGGACGUCCUGGUCGACAACAUGCUGCAUGGGGGCUACGGCCAUUCUCCCACAUACAAAGAUGCAGCUGCCGCCGCCUUGUCUGAUGUGGAGUUCUACAGCCUUCCUGGAAUGGCACGGCCGGGAUCACCCAAGGACCAACCCGGCGCUGCACUGGCGCAGAGCCGUAAGCGGAUUCGAAUAGGUUCCGACGAGGACGACGAGGACGUCGAUUACGGUGAGAGGUUGCGGGAGUUGGCUCUGCCUCCCAAGUCCUUGGACAGGAGGAUGCAAGGCCGCCUAGGCCUGCUUCCGCGAGAUCGGGUUCAGAUCAAGGAGCCUCAACCCCGUCGCGAAAGAACCGCGACCACCAGCUCCGUUGGUGGCUUUCGGGAUCCGUGGGAGACGAUGCGCGUUGAAGACGGCUCAGCGGCGAGAACUCUGCUGGAACUGUCGGCCUCUCGCAAUGAGAGCAAGGAUGUCGCUGACCGGGGCUACCCCAGCGUCGCCCGUGGUGCUACGAAGACGCUGGAAGAGGCUGCGGGCAUGUUGUCAAACCUGCAGAACGCCCCGCCGGACCUUUCGCUCGGACAGGCCGUCUCUUCGGCGGACGACUCACCAACUCUUCGUGCUGCAGGUGAUGUCGGCUCUGAAGCUAGUGAAGCGGACAUGGUAGCCGUCGUCUCCGAUGGCAUGCUGAGUCAGGGCCGCGUAUCGUCAGACUUUUGA